GGGCUCUGUGUAGUCAGCUACCGCCGGGAUCCUCCUGUACUUUACUGUUGGACUGAUAGAUCACCGCUGAAAAGAAAACCUACUUUGGUAAACUUAAAACAAAGUGGUUUAAAGACGUUGCGUUAGUGGUUGAAUGCUGCGUUCACAGACACGACUCGGUUGGAAUGAGAAGACGCGCAAAAAAGUUUUUAUCAAGACGACUAAUUCAGGAUGAACUGGUUAUUGUUCCCCAAUAUAGGCCUACUGGUUUGUUUCCACAGUUAUAUAUCAGCCUUCACCCUAGAAACUAGAAACCUGACAUCCGCUGAGUCCUACUAUGAGUAUGUGCCUGAUCGGCUACAAUGGAACAAUGCAGGGGAACUGUGUAACCAGCGCUCUGGAGUCUUAGCCACUGUCUCCGAUCCAGUACACAAGCAAGAGCUAGCCAGCUUUUUAAAGUCCUUGAACAUCUCUCAGCCUGUGUGGAUUGCCAGGAAACUCCUGACACGUAUGACAAGUUCCUCUGAGACCCUGAUUCUAGAGUUCACCGGGCGCUCUGACAGGAAACAUGCCCGUCUCCUGCACAACUUCCCCUCCAUGGACUCAGUGACUGUUUGCACCCGUCUCCGCUUCGAUCCAAAUUGCUUUGGAAUUUCCACCAUUUUUUCUUAUUCCAUCAAGUCAUAUAUUAAUGAGUUCCAGCUCCGCGUGAACCUGAUCCAGGGAAAGCUUGUGCAGCUGGCUCUACUGGUUCAUGGCACUCAUGGACCUUACCAAGAAGCCUUCGCCCACAACGGCUCCUGGCACUCUGUGUGCGUGUCUUGGAACCAGAAUGGUGGACACUGGGCUCUGUAUACUGAUGGCCUUGUGGUCUCUAGGGGAGAUGCCCUGAGCUCCAACAGCAUUGGCCCUGAUGGCCUUUUCAUUAUUGGACAGGAGCAGGACACCUUUGGCGGUUCAUUUAAAAAGGAUGAGUCAUUCUCAGGGAGCAUCACAGAGCUGCACAUAUGGGACCGGGUACUAGACAGCAGCGAAAUCUACACCAUGGAAAAGGAGUGUUCACCCAUUUCCUCUGGGCUGGUGUUCAAGUGGAGUGGAGCAACCAUGGAAAUAGAGCCCUCCCUUACGAAGCUGUGGAGAGACAGCCCAUGUCAAGGAAACUUUACUGUGUCAGCGGAUUCGAUCUUGGAUUCCCUCCUGGAUGGAAAAUCUUUGCAGGAUCAGUCCAUCUCCCUUGAGUUGUACCAUAGUGACAAGUCUGAUGAGGAUUGUGGCAUCUUUGACCCUUUUCUUGGAAGCUGGGGCCACGCCAAGUGUGACUCAUUCAAAGCAGCCGUCUGCCAGUUUAAGAGAGAAGUGCUGGAUGUUAUCAGUUUACCAAAGACACCAUUCUUCAGUAGACUGAGCAAGGAUCCUCUGACCAAACCUGUGAUGGUGGAGCUGAGCGUUAACACCUCCGGGGACAGAGAUCUGGUCUUGCUGCAGCAGCUGACCCAGGCUGUUCUGCAUGCAGUGGAGGCCGACGGCCCUCAACUCCUCACCUCCAGUGACGUCCUCUACCUAACUCAGAUGAUUGAGACGGACCUGACUGCACUGGCUAGUUCUCACUCUUCUGGAGCUGACGCAGCAGAAGUCAUGGUGUCCAUUGCUACCAACUAUGUCAAGAUGUCCAGUUUGAUGCUGGAGCCCCAUAUGGCUACACAGUGGAUGGGUCUGACAGAGGAUGGGGUCAGUGUGGGACCAUUUAAUAUUGUCCAGAGCAUUGACAGUCUCACUGAAACUCUUGCAGACAUGCUAUCUGCCGAGAGGAGAGGCUUCACUCUUUCUACCAAGAACAUAGAUGUGUACAUGAAGUGGCAGAAGCUGACUGAAGAGAGCUGUAGUCAAGUCUUCAAUCCAUCUGCGGUUGGCCCUCACACUGCCAGCAGUAGUGGUCAGAAUGAGUUGCUUAUCCCGGACACUGAGCUCCAGAGGAUAUACACACUGGGACAUGUGGACGUGAUGUUUAUUCAUACCCACUACAGCCACCUGAGUGAGAUUGUGUCUGAAGUACAGGAGCCUCCACUGAGUCACCAAGACAAAGAAAAAAGUUCUCUCCCAGGUCACCUGGCCUCUGUUGUCAUAUCAGCCACUGUCCGUGAUGCCUCCACAGCCCAAACCAUCCCAGUGGCUGUCAAGUACACCCUCUCAUCAUCACAUGUGGUGGAGUAUUCACAGCAAGUUACUCCUGUGUGUGCCUUUUGGAAUUUCAGUUUGAUGCAUAAUCAUACCAGUAGCUGGUCCAGUGACGGUUGCAGCGUGACGUUUGCCGGCACUGGUGUCACUUCGUGUCUGUGUAACCACACCACCAACUUCGCAGUGCUGAUGAAUUACCUGGAGCAGAAGUGGAGUCCUGAGGAAGAGCUUAUUUUGACCAAACUGACGUUCAUCGGCUCUGGUGCAUCUCUGUGUGCGCUGCUGGUGACCUUGAUGCUGUUCACUGUGCUGGAUAUCCCCAAAUCUGACAGGACGUCCAUCCAUAAGAACCUGUUUGUUGCUCUGAUCUGUGCCCAGGUGAUUCUGCUCUGCAGCGGCUCGGCCAUUCACAACAAGGUGGCAUGUACACUUGUGGCAGCACUGCUCCAUCUCUUCUUCAUGGCAGCAUUUAGCUGGAUGCUGGUAGAGGGACUGCUGCUCUGGAGCAAGGUGGUGGCAGUCAACCUAAGCGAGGAUCGCCACAUGAAGUAUUACUAUCUCAUCGGCUGGGGUCUGCCGGUGCUGAUAGUCACCAUCACGCUGGCAUCAGCCUCAGGCAAAUACUCCGCCGAUGGCUACUGUUGGCUCAGUGUCCAGAACGGCAUUAUCUGGGGAUUUGCUGGGCCCGUCAUCUUCAUCAUCAUGGUGAAUAUCAUGGUAUUGACCAGGGUGGUGGUCAUCACCAUCUCCACAGCCAAGAGAAGGUCCAUCAUGUUGGCCAUGGGCACGAGUCCUGCAGAACAAGCCUACGAGCAAAUCAGGGCUGCAGUGAAAGCAGUGUUGGUGUUGCUGCCCAUCCUCGGAUUGACAUGGCUGUGUGGUGUCUUGGUGCCUUUCUCCAUCGUCAUGGCCUACAUCUUCAUCCUCCUCAACUCCCUGCAGGGCCUGUUCAUCUUCCUGAUAUAUGGGGUGUACAACACAGAGGUUCGGAGCACGGUCAACAGGAUCAAGGAGAGGAGAAAAGCGCUUAAUUUCUCAAACUGCGCCAGUUCCCGACCAUCCAGCUCAGUAACCAGCUCUCGUCCCGUCAGUUUCCCGCUAGGAACAACCCCAAGCCAGGAGGAGGAGGCCACCCCUCCCUACACAUCCAGCAACGCCCCUGGCCUGGGGAAGGAGGAAGUGACGACUCGAGGUCAGCUGCCCAUUCCUUCUGUUCCAGAGAGACGAGAAAAUCCCUUGAGCCAAACCUCCAAAGACACUCUGCACAGAAAGGAGCCUCGUCCUUCAGAGGUGGAGGCCUUGCCGGCUGGUUGUAGUCUUCAUGUUCCCAUGGAGCUGGAGUUCACAGCUUCCUGUUUCCCUCGCAGCCCUGCACCUCAGAAAAGCUACGGCCUCGUCUACGUCGACUGACCUGGCUGCUGACGGUGAUUGUAGUUCCAUAUUGUGAUUUUUUUUUCUUUUGUAUUAUAGCUUUUCCUUUAAUUCUUCAACUUCCUCUCACCUCUGAUCACUGUAGAGACAAAGGGAUUUUUGGUACAUCUGUGUUUCACUUUCUGUGUUACAUAUCUUAAUAUAAAUAUUUUCAGUGAUCCAGGACUCAUUCUGCCUUUAACAUUGCUAUUAUUUUAAGAUUCACUGCAAAAUAAUGUAAGCUAAAUGCUUUAAUUAUAAUCUAAACUUAAUUUUAAGGUUGUUUUUUUAUGCUUGUAUGUGUUUUUUAUGGUGUAUUUUCUUCCAUAACAUCACUUGCUGAACAUUUGCUUGUGAAAGUGUUGCAAAACUGUAUAUUUUCCAGUACAGUGUGGUACAAUACUGCACAUGGACUGAGUAAUGGGGCAUAUUUGUGACCCAUUAGUGUGAUAUUUGAUUCUCACCUGGUUGUUCUACCACUCUACUGUCAAACUACCAUUAAAGGCCAAAAUGGCAUAGAAAGAAUAAGUUGAAGAACAUCUUCUCAUCUGAUCUCAUUCCCAAGUUUUGUUUUACUAAACGUUAUUCAAGAGAUGUUAGGUUGCCAGUCAUUUUUUCCACCAAAAAAAACAAACAAACAAACACAUAGAAUGUAAUGGAAUCGGACAGCGUUAGUGUGCGCAGGAAGCGAGAAUCUGGUGUUAUAAGCAUAAUCAUUAUUUAUUGAAAUAUGAGGAAAAAUUCAAUUAGCCUCAGAGAGACACUCCCCAGGACAGGGGUUGUGAUAGGGGCAGUCAGGAGGUCAGCAGGAGGGGCAAAAGUCAUAGACAAGCGGGAGGGAAAUAGCAUUUGAUCCAUUGUGUUGGCAGCGUACAUGAGCAUGUGAAUGCACAAAGGCAGUCAUUGUUAAAGCAUUUCUCCUGCAUACAAAUCUGUUUAGACAGUUAAGCUACAGACCAGUUUGUUGCAAACAGCCGACUUUUUCAGACCAUUCUCUUAAAUAUCUGACAGCAGAAGUGACAGAAAACUGAACUUUUACUAAAUUUCAUCUCCACACAAGCUCCUGUUGGGGAGGGAGCAGGACUGCGGCAGUUUCAUCAACCAUGCAGUCAAAAAUGGGAUUUCUGCAAUGACCACAUUAAUGUGCAUGACUCGGAUUGCCUGCAUGUAAAGAGUUCACCUGUGUGUUAUAGGAAGUCCAAGGCAGCUGCAGAA